ACUACCAGGCGUUUGGACCACUGGUGGUUUACAACCCACCAGGAGGCCUUUUAGAUGGACAUGGGCAGUCAGAGCCAUCUGCUGGACUGAUGGACCUCAGUGAGGUUGGACCAGAGAUAAACAGUGAACAGGUGGAGUCCUCGCCAGAUGAUUCUAAUCUGAUGUACGAUUACUUUGACCAGCCUUCAGCUCAGAUCCCUGAGCUGCCCUGGGAGGUGCUGGACUCGCACACUGAGGUGGGUGAAAACCACCGUCAGGCCUCAGAGAGCUACAACCAUGUCACAGAUGUGCCAGUGUCCACCUCAGAGACCUCCCAGCUGGGAAGGGGUUUCAAUCACAGUCCCCAAAGCCGGUCUGUCCCAGCCGUUUAUCCUGCAUCUCAGAACCACGAGCUCCAACGCACCCCGACCGCGGUACGAAGGGAUGUGAAGGAGGCUUCAGUCCUUCCAGAGGAAGCUGCUGUUCCCGAGGUGGAGAUGAACACCCAGAGCUGGGGAGAAGAAGAGACGCCUGCUGGUGGUCCAGAACAAGCUGCAGAAGAUGAGAAGUGGACUGAGGUCAGUGAGGCCUCAGACCAGAAUCCAUCCUUCUCUGCAGGACUGGAACCAGAGGAGCAGAUUCAUCUUCGCCCCGACAUGGUGGAGCCAUUGUCGGACCACAGAGGGAACUCCAAUGUUAGGAAUCACUCAGCAGUUCCACAUCUUCCUGGGGAUCAGCUGUUUGAAGUGGCUGUGGAGGUGACUUUCCCUCAGGACUUGGAGUCCUGGGACGACCAGGCCAGGUCGCUGCUGCUGUCAGUGAAGACUUUGAUCAGCAAGCAGCUGGAGGCUCUGCACUCUCCACUGUCCAUGUCCUCGAAAAGAAUCAAAAGGUUGAAUGCAGGAGUGCUGUACAUCCUCUGGCUGCAGAUCAAACAGAGCCCUGGAGGUCUGCAGGGCCACAGGGCCGUGCACUCGGCCCUGCAGGGACUCAUUGCCAUGAGGGUCAGCUUCAGGGAGAGCCACGAGACGGCGGUCAUCAUCUCGAUGUCGACUGCAGAUGUAAAUGAGUGUGGGACCCAGCUGGUGCUGUGCGACAUUAAUGCAGACUGUGUGAACCACUUUGGUUCGUAUUCUUGCCACUGCAGACCGGGCUUCCAGGAUGAGUCCCGCCUGGGAUCUGGAGGAACUGUGUGCGUGGACUUGAAAGCUGCAGGCUGCAGCUCAGGCCUCUCGGCCGAGACUAGAGGCGUCUACGUGCUCUUCUUCCUGCUCAGCACCCUCAUCCUGAUGCUGCUGGUGGUGGCCGGCGUGAUCAGCAGCAGCAGCAUCUCUCCUCCUGACCUCAACAACAACGACCACCAUCAUGAUCAUGACUACUCCUGCCCUGCUGACUCCCACCUGCCUCCCCCUCCUCCGCCCACCCGGGGCCCCAGAGGCAGCUGGACUCACAGGAAGGAGCACUAUCCGGCCGUGGACCUGCCACUGCUGCGCUUCAGCCCGCUUGUGCCCCCGGAUGGCUACAUGGAGCCUCAGGAGAAUGAGAGGAAGUGA